AGACAUCGAUGAAUGUAUCAACGAUAGCCAUAAUUGCUCAGUAAACGCUAUAUGUAAUAAUCAAAUCGGAACCUACGAAUGUCUAUGCAACGAUGGAUAUCAAGGGACUGGAAUACAAUGCGGUUAGUAAAAUUGGCCUAUUAUGCAUUUAUAUUUGAAUGCUAUGUAUACGUUUUUGUGAUAUAUUUUGCAUAACAAAUAAUAACGCGUAAAUUAGGAACAAAAUCUUCUAUCACAUAUGGCCAAAAUGAAAAAAGUAACACGCAAAACAACGUAAAUUCGUUCCGGUGUUUCAAAGCACAAACCUGUACCAAAACCACAUCAAGUUACUGAAAAAACGUAUGAUAUUUCUAAUUUAAACUUACUUUUAGUCUUUAUCGAUUGGAAACUUCUUCCAUUUUUUUGCAAACUCAGUUUAAGAUUUAAUGAAAGUUCACUUUGUUUGUCACUAUUAGGCAUGAAGGAGAGUAUCGGGGUGUCUUUUGUAAACAAAGAUGCCAUUUUCCGUUUGCAAAAUUGUUUCAGAUUUCAAAGUGAAUAAAUAUAAUCAAGUAGAAAUUGAACUUCGUGUCGUUUAAUUUUGGUUUGUAAUCAAACUUGUGAUUACAAAUCGCACGGAAGAUAUGUUUCUUUAUAUUUCUUUUGCUAUAUUAUUAAAAAUAUAUAAAACAUAUUUGCGUAGUGAUAUACAGUUAUGGAAAUUGUGAAAACUGGAAAUUGUGUGAAAAUACUCCGCCUUCCAGGUGUCCUGUUUCCACACAAUUUCUCAUUUCCACAAAAUUUGAUAAAUGUUUUAUAUUUGUUAAAUAUAAAACGAUAUGAAAAAAAAAGAAGCGUUCUUCAGACAGACACUUGACUCACCCACCUUAGUGGGUAUGACGUCAUAGCCAACCCGAGAAUACGUCUACUUCAGGUCUCCGGCAAUCAAAUGUGUUAGUAUGAAUAGAGAGGCUGGUAAAUAUACCAACUUAACUCGUUAUGAAAAUUGGCUGCUUCAAUGUGUAUUUAUACAAUUUUAAUAAUAAUAAUAAUAAUAAUAAAAAUCUUUAUUUUGGUAAUCCUUAGACACAACAGACGUGUGUUUUCACACGAUUUUAGUAACACUUUCUAAAAUGUACUAUUUACUGUGUUUACAAUAUUAAUAUAAUAAUUUAAGAUAAUUUACACGCAUCUAACAAAAACUAAAAAUGGACAAACAGACACCUAUUUAUAAAAGAGCGCUUAAAUCUUUCAGUUCUGACUUGAGGUUGAAUGAAAGGAUGAUCGCGUUGCGAUCGUUGAGAAAUGUAAUAUUUUGGUUUCAUUGGCAUGCUAGACAGAAUGCAUUGUUUCAUUUCAUUAACUUAAAAAUAACUGUUUUAUGUGCAUGUAAAUAAACUUUGAAAUCACAGCAAUUUACAUGCCAAAUUUAUUGCAGAGUAAGAUUUCUGGACUAGAUUUCCUCUCAUUUUUAUUCAGUACUUGCCUUCGUAUCGACGCUUUGAUCAAACUUCGCUUUGAUCACAGUGCGCGGACUUAAAAUCUAGUCCAGUCCUCAUGGUCGGAUUUGAAAUAUUACAUAAUAUGGCUAUAGAGUGUGAGGAUGCUUUCGUAGUGUGGUUAUAAGUUUUCAAAAUUUCGGUUUUCGGUUCAUACCCUAACUUCCACCCCACGACUACUUUUUGCACAAUGGUAGUAUACAUUCCUGGUCGUUUUCCCGCCUUUCUGCUGUUUCCUUUGUGGUUCAAAAUAAAAAUGAUAAAAUUGGUUUAAUCUUACAUCUAGCCAGUACCAUGCCAAACUGGCAAUAUUUCUGUUAAACCAUAGAAACAGUAUAUAGAUGCAGAUAUUUUCAGCGUUCUUACUUUCUAUUUUUUCGUCAAACAUUACACCAAAAUUAAAGUAUGUACGCCUACAUGGUCAGAAUAAAUACUUCUUUGUUCAACGUUAGUGUAACAUAUCUUGAGCAUAUUUUCAGAACUUCCAACAGGUAUUAACAUUUUUAUAACCUAUUUUAAUAAGGAAUUUGGAAUUUUCAGUAAGAGUUUAGUCUUUGCGCAGCCUACACAUCUUACUGUAAUCGGAUCCCUUUAUAAACAGCGCGAGAAUGUUUCCGACAAGCUCCUUUCACUUCUUACAUUUGUACUAUAUCUGUUCGUUCUACCACUCCUUAUUCGCCAUACCUGGUCUUGCCCUUUGAAUGUAUUUUUAGGAUCUGUCACAGUACUAAUUUCUCAUGUAUUAUCUCUAUAGAUGAUGUUAAUGAAUGUACAGCCACACCCCCAAAAUGUUCAGGAACAGGUCAAAGUUGUACCAACUUUCCAGGAGCAUAUCGCUGUAAUUGUAUUAGUCCCAGGCAGCAACUUAAUGCUGUCGGAUCAGAAUGCAUUGGUAUGUAUGAUAUUAAUUAAUAUUAAGACGGACUCAGCUAAUCUUUUCAUUUGCCUGAAUCUUUCACGUGUCUUUAAAACCAAUACCAAAACGUCAAACUUUUGUGCAAAUCUUAAAACGAUAAAUGUUUUUCGCCUUAUAUAUAUAUAUAUAUAUAUAUAUAUAUAUAUUCAAAAGAAUGGGAAAGAACUUAAAAUUCUAAAUUAUUCUGCACUUUCUCCGUGCCUAUGGUCUACCCGAGUUUAGCUUAGGCCCCGUAUACAUGAGACCGGGACGAAGUCAAAGCGGAAUGAGAAUUGAAAUUGCCAACAUGUUUACAUGAGAUCGGUACAAAAAUCACAAAAUUUUCAAUUAAUGCCCCUUGCCAGGCAAUUGACCACUUGCGUAAUAGACUAAAUUUUGAUCUCAACAAAAAUUUUAUCACAGCUUGAAAGAGCAUCACAAAAUUAGUAAUAUGUAUUCCAAAGUUUCGUGCGAAAUGUUGUAAAAUGCGGAUAAUAUAGCAUUGCGAAGUUUGCAAUUUUCAGUCAUUUGAGAUUAUAAACGGGAAAUUGACAGCCCAAUCCCCUUUGGGACUGUCAAUUUCCCGUUUGUAAUCUAAAAUGACUGAAAAUUGCAAACUUCGCAAGGCUAUAUUAUCCGCAUUUUAUACAACAUUUCGCAACGAAACUUUGGAAUAUUACUAAUGUUGUGAUGCUCUUUCAAGCUGUGAUGAAAUUUUUGUCUAAACUUGUUUAGAUCAAAAUUUAGUUUAUUACGCAAGUGGUCAAUUUUCUUUUUUAAUUAAAAUGGAUUUUGUUAGCAUGUGUUGUUCCAAUGUCAAUUAGGUUACAGCCGAGAGCACUCUGUCUACAUUCAUCCCAGUUUCAUUCAUGCCGGCCUAAAGUCAGUAAUUAGCUUGGUCCGGCAGGCUUUGACUUAUUUUCGUCCUGGUCUCAUGUAAAUAUUUAUUAUAAAUAAUACUAUGACCAAAACGAAAUGUUGCCGGUUUGACUUCGUUCCGUUCUCAUGUAAACUGGGCCUUACCUUACCCCAACUUGACUCGCCUUAAUAAUAAGAAACAUUUCCUUGCCCUACCUCAUCGAAUCAUAUCACUAUCAUCGAAUCAUAUCAACCGUUUACGGAACAUUCUACUCUACCUUACUUUACCUUAUUUUACUCGUUGGGUACGCGGAAAUUCAAGCCCCCUUACGGCGUCAAGUCAGGACGUUAUAUCACCUUAACUCACCCUACAGCAUUUUAUCUUGCAUUCCUUUAACUAAAUUUACCAUUUUCCAUCUUAUCAUACCUUAUCUUACUCAAGCUACUUCACCUUAUCAAUUCUAUCUUCUCUUGCGAUAUCUCAACCUUAUCUUACCUUACCUUAUACCUUACCAUAAUUCCAUUACAUUUCCAUUACAUUUCCAUUACAUUUCCAUUACAUUUCCAUUACCAUUUCCAUUACCAUUUCCAUUACAUUUCCAUUACAUUUCCAUUACAUUUCCAUUACAUUUCCAUUACAUUUCCAUAACAUUUCCAUAACAUUACAUUACAUUUACAUUACAUUUACAUUACAUUUACAUUACAUUUACAUUACAUUUACAUUACAUUUACAUUACAUUUACAUUACAUUUACAUUACAUUUACAUUACAUUUACAUUACAUUUACAUUUACAUUACAUUUACAUUACAUUUACAUUACAUUUACAUUACAUUUACAUUACAUUUACAUUACAUUUACAUUACAUUUACAUUUACAUUACAUUUGCAUUACAUUUACAUUACAUUUACAUUACAUUUACAUUUACAUUUACAUUUACAUUACAUUUACAUUACAUUACAUUACAUUUACAUUUACAUUACAUUUACAUUACAUUUACAUUACCUUACAUUAUUACAUUUACAUUAUUACAUUUACAUUAUUACAUUUACAUUAUUACAUUUACAUUAUUACAUUUACAUUAUUACAUUUACAUUAUUACAUUUACAUUAUGACAUUUACAUUAUUACAUUUACAUUAUCACAUUUACAUUAUUACAUUUACAUUAUCACAUUUACAUUACUACAUUUACAUUAUUACAUUUACAUUAUUACAUUUACAUUAUUACAUUUACAUUAUUACAUUUACAUUAUUACAUUUACAUUAUUACAUUUACAUUAUUACAUUUACAUUAUUACAUUUACAUUAUUACAUUUACAUUAUUACAUUUACAUUAUCACAUUUACAUUAUUACAUUUACAUUAUUACAUUUACAUUAUUACAUUUACAUUAUUGCAUUUACAUUAUUACAUUUACAUUAUUACAUUUACAUUAUUACAUUUACAUUAUUACAUUUACAUUAUUACAUUUACAUUAUUACAUUUACAUUAUUACAUUUACAUUAUUACAUUUACGUUACAUCACAUUACGUGAUUAGCUUAUCUUAUCGCCUUACCUAGCUCAUGCAUUUGGAGUAAUCUAGCUUAGGAAUUAGGAAUUAGGAUUUUUUCAAAUUACAUCGCAGCAAAAGCUGAAUUACGUAGUAGUUACAAACUAUUAUGUAUUAAAGUGCUGCGUCUAUUAGCAUUAAAAAUUACAGUUAUCAUAUUCAACACGACUUAUUGAUUGCACAUGGCAAAGUUAAAUGACUUUUUAGUCCUAUUUGUUUUAAUAAGAGAAACAUUAAAAUUGUUUUCGUUUCUUAGAAAGUGGAUCAAAUUAUAUCUUUCGGGAACUAAAAGACAAGUCUUAUGAUUUCUAUCAAGCAUUACAGAUCGAAAUUAACGAAUUGUCACAUAUAUUUUCAUCACCAGAUUUGACUAACCACACCUAACCUCAACCCUCAUAUUUUGCUACCUUACCUGACCUUAUCCAACCUUAUCUUGCACUCUCAAAUUAAAUACUUUGCCUUUGGUUAAAUUCUAUUGCAUUAUCAUUAAGUGGGACAGAAAAUUAAAUAAUGUGGCUAUUGCAUGAUGUGUUUAUUAAAUCUAUCCAAUAUUCCCAACCUAAACUUAUCCUGAAUUUAGAUACAACCGAUUAUUAAUCUAUCUAGAUGUGGUGGCGUCUGUCCAGGGUGGCAUAAAGAUUAUAAAUCGUGUAUUCGAACCAGAGUAUAAUGACAUAAACAGCGCAGGAUACUUUGCAAUUACUCAAGUAAUCAUCAUUGCGGUAUGAACAUAAUUUGUGCAGUUUUAUACUUCAUAAAAAACGUAACAGUAUUUACAAAUGAGUGAAUGCAUCGCUGAGCACUGAAGCAAUAUGUUUACUUACUAAAAAUGUUUAAAGGACCAAAGCUCACAGUAAUGUACUACAAUGUACUACAAGUAUUAACAGAAUAUUAAUGGUGUUUCAUCUUUUAGUUGGAGGCAAAUUACAGAAACACGAGGUUUGGAGCUAUCUUUGUCGGAAUCAUUAUUACUCGAAUAUAGUAAGUGGUUCAUUUUUUUAUUCAGCACAAAUAUGUUUACCUAGUACUUAAUAUGAUUAAUUUUAACACCGGAAAACUCGUAACUGACAAACGCAUGCAGAAUUUGUUUUCACUCAACUAUAUAUCCUAAAUUAGAAAGAAAAAAUUAGCCUGCCAUUUGGUCGGAGGAUCGUGGCAAUGUCAAAGUGGCCAGUGUAGAUAUAGGCAUAGUCAGAGUUUCAAGCCGGUUAAAGACGAGCAAGUUUUCUAUGACAAGUUUCCAUAUUUUUUAAAAUUUGCGAGUCCACGACUGAAACAGCCUGUAGCGUUUAGGAACCUUUUGUUUAUUCUCUUGUAUGGAUAUUUUCCGAUUCGUAUGAAAGUUAAACUUUAUUCAAAUUCUAUUAAAGAGAUGUCAAUUACAUAUAGUUAUCAAUAUAAACAAAUACCAGUGUGUAUAAAAAAUACUCCAUUCCAAUAUAAACUUACAAGUUGCACAAUCCUGAAUAAUAAUAACUCAAUUGUCCCGCAACCAUUCACCGUUACUUUAAACUAUAAAUAAUGUAAUAUUUCCAACGUAUUUUGUCCUUAUAUUUGUCCUGAACAUCGACAACUCGUGGUGUUUUCCGCUUAAUUCACAUCGUUCAAAAUCCGAUUUGGUUUCCAGUCCUACUAAACUAUAACGCAACGUCACGACGACCAUGCUGAUAUAAUAUCAGUUACGAUUUCACUCGCUACGCUGGUUUUUAUAAAUGAAAACUAAGACCAGUCGAAUUGCUUUCACGAUCCAUUGUUUUGACUGGCACUUGUGUGUCUUCAUCAUGGGUAAUCUAACUUUGCAAUGUCGUCCAACAAGAUGGAUAUAUUCCUGUCGUAAAAAGCACGUUAUCUCUAUCCAAAGCAUGAUUUUUCAUAUCUAAACACCGUAACAACCAAAGAGAUCUCUCAUAUUAAACACCGUAACAACCAAAGAGAUCUCUUUCACAAUUCUAAAGAGUUACGGAAACAAAACUCUUGUGGACGCCUGCCUUAUUUUCAAAGUACCUAUGCCCUUGCCAAUGAUUUGGUAGAUUUUUCGUCAAGAAAAUCGCCGAUAUUCGAUCUAAACUAUGCGUUCAACAUCCCUCCACUGCCACUGAUCAACCUGACCAAGAUUACCUCGAAACAAGUGAUGUCCCGCUCCAUCAAAAUUUCUCAAGAACUCUCAUAAUGACUUUUCCUACAAAAUCUUGCUCAUUAGAUCCUAUACCUACAUAUUUAGUCAAAAACUGCAUAGACGUUCUACUUCCAAUGAUAACUACCAUGGUGAAUAUUUCGCUACAAACUGGUCACUUCUCCGUUGACUGGAAAAAUGCUGUCGUUCAUCCUAAUCUUAAAAAGGAGAAUUCAGAACCAAAUUUCGAGAAUUAUCGACCUCUCAGUAAUCUUGACUUUACUUCAAAGCUUGCUGAGAAGGCUGCCAAAAACCAACUUCAUUCUUUUUUGGAAGAGAAACAACUGUUUCCAUCUGGGCAGUCAGCCUAUCGCCCUUAUCACAGCACAGAAACCUUACUGCUUAAAUUUAAAAACGACCUUCUUCUAAAAAUGAAUAAGCAACAUGUGACACUUGUUGUUCUACUGUUGUUCUUGUUUUUCCUCAGUGCUGCCUUCAACACUAUUAAUCACAUAAUUCUUCUCCGACGUCUUCAACACAAAUUUGGCAUCUCUGACACUGCCAUCAAAUGGUUUUCCUCAUAUCUCGCUGGCCACUCCCAACGAAUCAUCAUAAAUGGAGUACAGUCUGAUAUGUACAAACUCGAACAUGGCGUCCCUCAAGGGUCUUGCCUUGGCCCUCUAUUAUUGGUCCUUUACACCAGUAAAUUAUUUGAUAUUGUGAGCUCUCGUCUUCCCAACGCCUCCAGUUAUGCUGAUGACUCCCAAUCAUAUCUCUCAUUCAAGCCGAACGAAACAUAAGGCGAACGAAACCACCGCCUUGCUUGAAAUGCAAUCCUGUGUUGUGGAAAUUAAGAAAUGGUUAUGUAAUGAUAAGUUGUUAAUGAACGACGACAAGACUGAAUUUAUCAUCAUUGAUACGAAACAACAACUUGCAAAAGUCAAUAUUGGCAACAUUACCAACGGUAAAACCCAUCUCAGUAGCAAAGAAUCUUGGUGUAUGGCUCGAUUCUAGCUUAUCUAUAUCGACUCACAUAAACAAACUUUGUUCCGCGGCGUUUUAUCAUCUACGCGACAUAAAAAGGUUUAGAAAAUACUUUUCUCGUGAAUCUGCUACAAUAUUAGUUCACGCAUUCAUCUCGUCACGGCUACUGCAACAGUCUUUUAUAUAGCCUUUCGGCGUAUCAGCUCAACAAGCUUCAAUGUGUCCAAACUGCAGCCGCCAUAAUUAUACGUCGCCUUCCUAAAUUCUGCCAUAUAACUCCUGUUCUGCGUGAACUUCAUGCACUAGCUACCCGUCAAGUUCCUAAUCGACUGUAAGAUUCUCCCAUUAACUUUUAAAGGACUUCAUGAAAUGUGUUCUGAUUAUCUGAAAGAUUUCCUUGUUAUCUGCAAUAAUAAGAGAUAUAACCUACAAUUCUCUAUAUCCAUAAUAAAACUUGUUACCAACCACGAUUUGAAGACUCGACAGCCUCUGAAAUUUGUUUAGCUUCAAUUAGAGCGGAGUUCAGACGUCAGAGCUUCCAGUCAAUUGUAAAAUGCGCUGUUCCGUUUUUUUACACAAGCCGUUAAUAUAAUCGUAGUUAAGCGAUUUUUCGGUGUUCAUGAACAUCACAAGUGGGUUUAAUUCGAAAAGAUUUCGAUCGAUGAAGCGAGGUAAACGUGGUACGCUUUCGUAUUAAAAUUAGGUACUCGGGGAAAACCCGAAAAUUACUGUAAUUGUCAAUGCUAAUAUUUUUUAAUCCAAACUCUGUAUGUCUAUUUUGCACGAUUGGAAAUGAAUUUAAACUGGAAACAAGACUUGAUCUAGAAGAUUACUAUAGAGACUGAUUAUUAUAAAAGAUCCAGUUGCAAUCGUGAAUGCCAAUUGAAUUGGAUUUGGAUUAUAGUUUGAACAAGGGUUUUGAUUAGUGUUUCAGCCAGGGCUUGGCUGAAAUUUAAUCAAGAGUCAUAUAUGGAACAGUCUCCAAAUGACCCCCACACCAACUCUAUCCUGACCCCUCCACCCACCCCACCUCUAUUGUGAUGUCAUUUGAGGACCUUUAUAUCAACUUCACCUGAAAUUGUUUAAUUAGGAGAGCUAAUAAAGGGUGAAGUUUAGUUUCAUACAAUAUAUACAAUACAAUACAAUACAAUACAAUACAAUACAAUACAAUACAAUACAAUACAAUACAAUACAAUACAAUACAAUAUGAUUUAUUAGUUAAUCCCCGUAAGGGCUUUUCAUAACUAAUUUACAAAGAAGUGUAGUAAUAUGAUAUUUACAUGCAAUUAUUUAGAACUUGUGUUAAAAAAAUAGAUUGUCUGUAGCUAAACUAGAAUUACUGUAUAUUACGAGGAAUAUUAAAAAUUAAUUCAGUCUAUUGAUUAACUCUGUUCGUACGGCCUUCUUAAAUCUUCCUAGAGUUGAAAUGUUUCGAGUCGAAAGAUCAAAUGAGAUCCACAGCAGUGCUGCAUGAUUAAAAAUGGAUCGCUUAGCUUUAGAUGUUCUACAUCGUAAUAUGUUUAAGUCAUUUGCCUGCCUAGUAAAGUGAUUAUGAACUUGCGAACGGAUUACUAGCUUAGAACUAAGGUAGGCAGGUGCAAGACCAUGAACUAUUUUAUACAUCAUAAUAGCAUUACGGUACAAUAGAGAGUCGUUAACUGACAACCAUCCCAGCUUAUCUAAAGCCGGGAUGAUGUGAUCAUACUUUCUAGUUCCGGUUACGAUUCGUGCUGCAAAGUUCUGUACUUGCUGUAGUUUCUUAACGUUCGUUUGGGUAGUGCCAGACCAAACCGUGGAGCAAUAAUAAAGUUUGCUAAAUACUAGGCAGUUUAUCAUGACCAACAAGGCAUUCUUGUUGAACAAGUGUCGAACUCCGUUGAUUUGACACAGACUUGAUGUUAGGAUCGACGUCAAUGAAUUAAUGUGAUCGUCAAAUGUCAGAGUGGCAUCUAAAGUGAGACCAAGGUCUUUACAAACUGUGACAGGUGUUAAUAUUUUUCCUAGAAAAGGAAUUGAUAAGUUUGGCAGGUUUUUUAUCCAUUUCUCCAUUCCAAAUAUCAUAAACUCUGUCUUCAUGGGAUUUAUUAGAAGCUUAUUAGAACAACACCAUUCUGCUAUAUUUCUGAGAUCUUGGGAAAGGCUUAACAGGCCAAGGUUGGCUUCUGAUAAGGAAAAUGAUAUAAACGUCUUUUUGUCGUCAACAUAUGAUUCUACGUCACAAUUUGAAACAACUUUGGAUAAAUCGUUCAUGUAUAUUGUAAACAGCAGUGGACCCAAGAUGGAGCUUUGUGGUACUCCAUAUGCAUGUUUCACCAAUAAAGGAGUUGAUGUAGAUUGACCAAUGCGUGUGACUUGAUAUCUAUCGGAUAGAUAACUCUGAAACCAAUCAACGCUAGAGGAAGAAGCGCCUACAUAUUGGAGCUUUUGGAGUGGUCUUUCAUGGCAAAUGCUGUCAAAGGCUUUACUCAGGUCUAUUAAAGCCAUUGCUGUAAUCUUUUUUUCGUCCAUUGCUCUAAAAAUGUGGUCAGCGAUAAGUAGGCUAAUGGUUUCAGUGGAGUGUAACUUUCUAUUUCCACUUUGAUGGUUGGUUAAUCUCUGCUUUUCAACUAAGUAUUCUGUAAGCUGGAUCAGAGCCAAGCGUUCAGCGAUUUUGGAAAGUACUGGUAGUAGAGAAAUAGGCCUGUUAUUAUCAGCCUAUUCAUGGUUGCCUUCCUUGAGGUGGGGUAUCACUACCGCUUUUUUCCAUUCACGUCGAAAUGUGUUACUCUCGAAGGAUAGAUUUAUCAGCUUGGUGACAGUAUCCGAAUUUUCGUGGAGACAGUUCUUAAUUACUUUAACUGGGACUUUAUCAUAUCCCGGUGCUUUGUUGUUGGGCAUUGACAGGAUAACUUUAUUUACCUCCUCAUAUGUUACUGGUCUGAAAUAAACGAAAAUGCUAGGUUGGGGUAGGGUUUGGUUUAGGGCAGAGUCGUACUGGGGGUGUGAGUAGGCCAGGGCAUGUGGGGACUCUUAUAUGAAACGUCGGCCAGAAUAAUGGCAGAAACUGUUCACGAUGUACAUGUAUUUAAAAUGGGGAAUGUUAAUUAAUGCGUAAAUUACCCCUAUAAGGUAUAGUAUCAUGUGAAGAUACAGUUGGGAAUCGAAAUUGUCAAAUAUGGAAUUGCUGUACAUUACACGAAAGAGAAACUAUAGAAACAAGACAAUUCGGCAUGUUUCCGGUUUUCGGCUAAUAUAUAUGGCAGUAAUUGUUGCACGAUUAAACUGUUUAUUACGGGAAGUGCCAAAAGCAAUGACUUCAUUUUACCUCGCUUACCUCGCUGUAACGUUUACCUCGCUACUGCAUCGAGCCAAAUCUUUUCGAAUUAAAACAACUUGUGAUAUUUAUGAACACGGAAAAAUCGUGGCUUGUGUGAAAAAAAAACCGCGGAACGAUAGUGCAUUUUACAAAUGACUGGAAGCUCUGACGUCCCAACUCCGCGAUAAUUGAAGGUAACAAAUUUCAGAGGCUCUGGAGUCUUCUAGUCGCGGUUGGUAACCGAAGUUUUAUUGUGGAUAUCGGUACUUCAAACUUCCCUUUUUUCAAUCACUGAAUCCAGUUAGGAGCCACUUUUGAGAAAUUUAAAGUCGAAUUUGAUAUGUGUACAAAGCCGCAUUUGAACUUGGUGCUUGUUAUCGCUAAAGUUUGCCAUAAUAGUUGUGUAAAAGCAUCAUAAAACCAGGUAAGUUUCAAAGUAGAAUUACUUUCACGUUCGUGGGCAAACAAAUCAUAAAAUUUGGUUGAACACUUUCAAAAUUAUAUGUAUUUGCAUUCGGCUAAUUUUUAUGCCUACUUAGACAGAAGAUUUUCUGCGCGACAGCGCGCGACCGAAAAAUCACUGGAAUUUUAAAAAUAAAUAAAAUUUCAAAAUUCCAAACAGUGUUUGUUUAUUCUUGGGAUAAAUACAUUUCAUUGUGAAAGUAACGAAGAAUUUUAUUUUUUGAGCCUAGAACCACUGGUCGGUUCUUAGAGGGAUAGCCUCUAAAUUCAUUUCCAACCGUGCAGAAUAGACAUACAGAGUUUAGAUGAAUAAAUAUCAGCAUUGACAAUAAUUUCCGGGUUUUCCCCGUGUAGCUAAUUUUAAUACGAAAGCGUACCACGUUUACCUCGUUGCAUAGAUCGAAAUCUUUUUGAAUUAAAUCCACUUGUGAUAUUCAUGAACAAUCUUAACUACGAUGAUUUUAACGGCUUGUGUAAAAAACGGAACAACAACGCAUUUUACAAGUGACUAGACAGAUUUUGUAGGCGGGGUGCAGGUGGUGCUCUGCAGGGGGUGCUACCCCAAUAUUAGCUAUAACACCCCCUUCCCCCCAAACAAAAUGUCCACUCCUCCAAAAAAAUUUUCAACCCCCCCCCCCUCAAUAUUUGGCAUAAUAAAAUAUAAUUAAAUAGUACACUGCAACGUGCAGAGUGUUGAUGAUGCAAAAUAAACGUAGGAGUACACUCAAUUUAUUGGACCAAUUGUAAAGUUUUGAAACUCUAUAUUAUCUCCCCUGAAUAGAGUUUGCAGUGCCUUCUCAUGCAAAUAGCUUGCUUGCAAGGAACGUUAGGAAAUUUUACGAACAUUAUUUUUAGUUUUUAAUUCUUUUAGGAAAUAGUCUUGCCUAGAUUUAAUCUUUACGUCCCAAAUAUUAUUUACAUCGGAGUUGCAUCAUAAAUUGUACUCGGACUCAAACGACACAAUGUCAAUGAUUGUACAAAAGUAAAGGCAUAUUGUGUAUUGGCCUAUUGGGUUUACACUUUUACAGGUUCAUUUAACUGUAACUCUUUCAAGUCUCAACAGACAAUCGGACAGGCCAAAUCCAUUGAUGUGACAACUUCAAAAAACGUUUUUUCGAAGCUAGAAAUCAUGAUUUUUUUCAAAUGUUUCCAAGAAUACUUUGUUUUCUGCUCUCUAGACUCCCACUCGCGGCUCUAGUGCUCCUCCCCUAGAAUAUAGACCUUACUGAGGCUUGGUGACACUUUGUGUUGCUUCAGUCACCUGCUCGCGGCUCACCCCCUAAAAUUUCUGGCACCACCCCAGUAAAAAAUAUGAAAAUCCUUCUAUGACUAGAAGCUCGAUCUGACGUCUUUACUCCGCUAUAAUUGAAGCUAAACCAAAUAGCCAAAUUGCAUCUAGUUUCAGAGGCUGCCGAUCGAGUCUUCAAAUCGCGGUUGGCAACAACUUUUAAUAUGGAUAUUGGUACUUCAAACAUCCAUUUUUUUUAACCAUAUUAGUCACUGAAUCCAGUUAGAUGCCACUUUUGAGAAAUUUAAAGUCGAAUUUGAUAUGAGUACAAAGCCGUAUUUAGACCCGGUGCUUGUUAUCGCUAAUGUUUGUCAUUAGCGUUCUGUAAAAGCAUCAUAAAACAUGACAAGUUUCAAAGUACGAUAAUUUUCACGUUGGUGGGUGAAAAAAUCAUAAAAUUUGGUUGAAUAUUUUUAAAAUUAUAUGUAUUUGAAUUCGGCUAAAUUCUAUGCCUGAUAUAAUGGCAGAAGAUUUUCUGCGCGACGGCACGGGACCGAAAAAUCGCUGAAAUUUUAAAAAUUAAUAAAAAUUCCAAAUUCCAAAUAGUGUUUGUUUGUUGUUGGGGUAAAUACAUUUCAUUGUGAAAGUAACGAAGAAUUUCAUUUUUUGAGCCGAGAGUCAUUGGUCGGUUCUUAGAGAGACAGCCUCUUAAUUGUCUUACAUAUAGUUUUUUUACGCUCAUUCUAGUGGUAUAGUUUAUUUUUCGUAUAAGAGAGCAUGAGAUUUUACAUUUUUUCCGAUCGUAGUGUUUUAAUAGGCAAUAUUUAAAAAUUCUCAAAUUUUUGGCUAUAAAGCAAAAAUCAGAAGUGGUAACACAUAUAGUCUUGUUCACCAAGGCUUGAACUAUAAGAAAAUGCCUGUUACCAGCUUCUAUAUAACUUAAAGUUGCCAUCCAGUUGUACAAAAUGAUGACUUGGCCAGCCGUCUAUCACGUUUAUCAACUGUUUAGUAUUUUAUAUGGCAUCAGUGCUUAUAUUGGUUUAUUUUAAUACUGUUUACGACAGUUUUUCAUGCUGAAAGCGAUUUUUUAGUUGUCCUACUUUUUCGCACUGUAGUGACAGAACAACUAAAAUUGAUUGCGUUUUUACUGCUUUUAAGUGCUUUAAUUCUUAUAUCUUCCCAGGUUUUCCUGAUUUUAAACAGUUGUUGAUAUAACUUCAGUUCAGUUUGUUCUAAAAUGUUUGUUUUGGUGAAGAAUACUAGCGGUAUUGAAGUGGUUAUUAACAAUGUUUGCAGUUUUGUUGAUUUGUUAUGGCGACCGAAAGUAUUUGUCAAAAAUUAACACGUUCAAAAUUUAGCGAAAUACAGGAAAAACAACCUUAAUUGUCAAUGAAAAACCUUUAAUUAAAUAGAAUCAUUAAACAAUACAUGGGGAACACAAUAGGAUGAUUUUUAUCAUGCAUACUCUCAUAUUUUUUUCAAAAGGAGCAUAAAUCUGUGACGUUCUAGGCAGGACAUGAAAAUGAUAUUUUCGCGUCGUGAAAUCGUCCAAGACGACGUGGCAAACCAGAAGCUGACGAUAUUUGCGCCAAAUGACGACAUCCACGAAGUCUUUGAGGUCGCGUCGUCUUUUCGAAAUCUGUUUAUUAUCUAUGAAAUGCCGUGGGUAACCAUUAAUUUUUAGGACAUUUCUUAAAUGUUCUAAUUCAUCGUCAAUGUUACUUACUUCACAAAUUGUUUUCGAACGGUUGAUGAGUAGAAUAGAUUAUAAUGCAGAUACCUGUUUGUUUCUGUUGGUUUUCUAUAAAUCUUAUGUCUUAGCGACCCAUCAUCAUAUAUAGUGAACAGAACAUCUAAGAAUGGUAUAGUUUUAUCAUCCUUCUGUACUUCAAAGGUAAACUUGGUCGAUGGAUGCAAACUAUUAAUGUGAUCUAGACACUUUUGUAAAUUAUUUAAUCCAUGAGACCAGCUACUCAAUAUAUUAUCCACGUAUCUGAACCAGAAACCAGGUUUCAACGUUGCAGUAGCUCAGGCCUCCUUUUCAAAUUCCUCCAUGAACCAAUUAGCCAUAACAGGCGAAAAUGGACUUCCCAUUGGAGCGCCGUUUGUUUGUUCAUAGAAUUUCUCCCGCCAUUGAAAACAUGUCGUGGUCAAACAUAGUUUCAACAAAUCAUGAACAUUCACUCGAGAAAGAUUAGUUCUUUGAGAUAAUGUAAUAUCUGAAAGAAGUCUUUCUUUCGCGAUAUUACAAGCCUCUUCAACUUGAACAUUAGUGAACAAGCUAACUACGUCAAAACUUACCAGAAUAGUGCUGAAAAUUAUAAUAAUAAUAUGUGACUUGUUAUUAUUAUUAUUAUUAUUAUCAUUAUUCUUAUUGUUAUUAUUAUUAUUAUUAGACCUACAUAUUACAUUUUUUGUUGCCGAAAUAAGGAAUGGGAAAAUCCGGAUUUACUAACAAUUUGACUUAUCUCAUUGUAUAUAUAUGUAUAUAUAUAUUGCAUGCACUUUGUUCUGUUAUUUUAGUUUAGUAUAAUUGUGAUUCAAAUAGCCAAACGUAAGUUACCUUUAUGAGAGAGAUUUACGAUUGUAUAUGUAUGUAAAGAAAAACAUUUAAUAAAGUUUCCAUUAUUAUUAUUAUUAUUAUUAUUAUUAUUACUAUUAUUAUUAUUAUUAUUAUUACCGUCAAAACUUACCAUGAGGCGAGCCAACAGAUCAGGGCACUUUUAUAUAUAAACAGAGGGUAUGAAAACAAGUCACAUAUUAUUAGCACUGAUGAAGAUCCGGGCUCACAAAUCGAAAGCUUUGCAGUAAUAAAUUUACGUGGUGUUUCCACAAACAAAACCAUUAUAUAUUUUAUCGCCAUGCAAAGAUAUAGCUAUAACUCUGCUAUAUAUUAAUAUCGAUAACAAUUUUGCCAUUUGAGGGGCUGGAACCAAUCUUAAUCCCUCUAUUGUAUCACACAGGUGGAGCGAUGCUAAAAAAUGCCUAGUCAGCAAGUUUUGUCCGAUCUUGUUAAAGUUCGCCCGCGUGACGUCAUGCAUAUAAUUAUGACGCGUGCUAAUAAUGAUGCGCUACCACAGUCUAUGCUAAUGAUAAUGCGCUACCACCACACACCAACACCGCAAAAAUCCGGAUCAAUCGGUACCUAUAUUACUACUCUCAUGUAUGACCUGUCAAGAUUUAUUAAGCUACAAUCUUUGCCAGAAACUAUGGACAGCUGCUGUAAUUUCAUAUAAUUUGAAAGGAAUAGCGAGCCCGUUCCCCAGUUCAAUAUUGGGCCAACAAAAAUCUGAUGUGUGGAUACGCGGCGCCAACAUUGAAACGGGUUGGGGGAGGGAGGGUUGAAAAUAUGUAUCAGGAAAUGGUAUAUUACGACCAAAUGUAUGUGAAAACUUGAUUGUCCCAAUGUAUAUUGUCAAAGAUUGUCUGUUGAAGUAAUACCAUUACUCUUAAAUUUAACUUAAUUCAACUUGUAGACAUCAUGAAGCUGUGUACGCAGAUAUAUUUUCAUAAUUUAUUCACCAUAUUUAUUCGUUUAAUUACCAAAUUCCAAACACCAUUGAUCACCACCAAGACAAUCUUUUCCAGAAACUAUGAGACAUCUGCUGUAAUUUCAUAUAAUUUGAAAGGAAUAGCGCCCCCAGUUCCCCCAGUUCAAUGCUGGGCAAACAAAAUCUGAUGUGUGGAAACGCGGCGCCAACAUUGAAACGGGGAGGGGGGAUAUGUAUCAGGAAAUGAUAUAUUACAACCGAAUACAUGUGAAAACUAGAUUGUCCCAAUCUAUAUUGUCAAAGAUUGUAGCCUUUCAUGAAUACAACUACAUUUAUUUGCGCGAUGUAGCUCCAAAAUUUUUUUCGCUAUUGUAAAGCAAAUGGCUGAACUUUUGGGCCAUCCGGUAGUUGUCAUUUUCGUAUUUGUUUAAUUAGGCUGCGAGCGGUCCUCCUUUCCACGGGUUUAGAUUUCCGGGUUUAUAAGAAGAAUUUUUCAAUGCAAAAAUCUUCUUAAUUCUUAUAACCAUUAUACGAAGAUUUAAGACAAUUUAAGAAAAUUUUCAAUUUCAAAUAAAAAAUAUGAUGACGUCAUUUUUUAUAUAAAUAAUAUGACCUACAAUAUAUAGAUACUAAAAUAACUAAUAAUGUUACAAGGUGUUCACGAAUAAGUCAUGAUAUGUCAUAAAAUCCACUUGCCGCACUAUCGUUGGCAUUCAUCAAACUACAGGUAGUGAGGUACAGACUAUAUGGAAUUAUUUAACACUACAAACUGUUACAUUUUUUGUUAAGGUACAUUUUUUGUACAUCUUUUUAAAUUAAUCCCAAACAAACUUCUUAUAGUAAUAUAAGAUAUUAUAUAAGUAUAUGCCAAAACUCGCAUUGGUCGAAAUCGAUACGCCUGUCAAUCAAAUGUAAUACGUAGUAAUUAUUCCAUUAAUUAAUUUCCAGACUGAAUGUUGAUUUAAUAACAUGACAUUAACGUUCCUGUUCGAUAGAUUUAGAAGGAAAAAAAAUGUUUAUGCAAAGGCGGAGCCAACUUGACAAGAGCGAAAAGUGGACGUAUUUCGUUUCUUGAUAUGUUGUCGGCGGUCCUUUCUCCCGAGGGAGUGCUCGCGGUCUAUCGUUUAAUUAAUGAUCUUUCCGCCAUUGUUUUUGCUCGAAACCUCUCGAAGGCUGUUCCUAUGUUACCACGGCUGUUACUGCUGACCUAAGAAACUGUUGCUACAAAAAUACUCGCUCAAAGUCGUGGGAAAAUUGAAAUUAGAUUGUUCACACUGUGUUGUUGAGCCGGAAAUAUAUUGUUGGAAAUCACAAUAGUUAGUGGACAUAUUGAACAACCCUCUCGUUACUUCAUUGUGAAUUUAACUUGUAUGUUUCAAAUAUUUGCAUAAAUAUCGGAGCAAUUAACGUAUUUUUAACUAUAUACAGAUAUCGCGAUUUUGAAACUUUGAAAAACAAGCGAAUUAACAUAUAUUACAGUUGAUUUCUGUUUUUCUGAUUCGUCGAACAAUUACUCUUUCCACUUCAUAAUAUUUUCCAGUGUUCUUGGUUGAUUUUGUGUAAGAAUCGGCAGUACUUAAAUUAUUUAGUUCAUUAUAAUACCGUCAUCUUAAAAUCACCAGCAAUAAAAUGAGCCUGCAAUCCCAUGACGCUGAGUGUAUGAAAUUUCUAUGCAUGUUUUUUGUAUACGUAGCUACAAAAGCUCAAUUGAACUCGUUUCUACUUCUAUUUUGCAGUCCAGGAUCGGUGGGCGUCGACUACGUCGCAACGUUUAACAACACGAAUGGAGUAAAUAAUCAAAAUUUACAGCAAGAAUUGAUCGAGACAUUCAACUAUACAAAUAAUGGCACAUUUCUUGGUGAUAGCGACCUUAAACUAAGCGAGGAGACUAAUAAAACAAAAGUGGCCGAGGUUUUGACAUUUCAAGGUAGCUGUGGCAUGCAAUCUUAUAUAAAGCUUAUUAGUAUAAAUUUUUCAAACCAAAUGAGCUUCUGCGCGUGUAAUUGGCUAGUUGUCUAGUGAAUCUGAUGCAAUAUUUACUAGCAGACUGGUAAAUAACGCUUUUCAAAAGUGGUUCGGCAAACUUAAAUUUGCUUUAAAAAUUGAAAAAUUGUUGAAACUUUUGUCGUCAGAAAACAAUCCCGACUGUUUGCAAAACCUUGCUGUGAUAUUGUUUUAAAACCAUUUUGUUAUGUAUCCUAUAUACAUAUCAUGUUUUUAUUGUGGUCUACUGUAUCCUGAUCGACUUUCUAAAUUGUAUUUUCCAAACUUGUAAAGUGAAAAGUUUACUAUGCAAUUUUUUUUUUGAGCAACAGUUUUAUUUUAUCAAAUUUUUCAGGCUUUUCCUUAACAAACUUAACCAGAAUCUAUUUUUUAAUUCCAAGUUUAGUGGAAAAGUUAUUUUGUCAUUGUGUUUUAUAUUCUAAGCAGAGAUUCAGCGAUAAAAACAACUUUGUAAUAAAACAAUAAAGAAACACCCAACACGUUUGGAGUUAAUUCAACUUUAUGCUUAAAAUUUACAGUAAACACGAAGCUUUAGGAAGAUGUUCUGUGCCUGAUUGACUAUGACAAUGACAAAAGAUGUAAUUGGCUUACAUAAACAAAAGGAAUAUUCUUCUUGCUUCGUUCUUUAGAAAAUCCAUUCUAUAGCUUAUUCUUUUGUCAUUGUCAUAAUCAACCAAUCACAGAACAUCUUCCUAGAGCUUCGUGCGCACAAGGCCUCCCAGAGGCGGGGAAUGGGCAAAGGGGGAAAUUUGCUUUGGACCCCAAGUUAAAGGGCCCCAAAAUUUUGCAAAAGGGGGGCACAAACGGUGUAACUUCAGAAAAUAGUAUGAGAAAAUAGUGUGAGAAAAAAAUUAAACCUUGAAUUUUACUAGUAUUGGUCUGGAAAAAUGUGUUUUAUUUGUGUUUUUACAGGUAUUGUACAGGUAUUUUUCCAGAAACAUUUUUUGAACCUUUUUUUUAAUAUCUGGAAAUAUUUUUAACCCCCCCCCCUGCUCGCCACCAUUUUUAGGAACAAUUAGGGCCCAGAAUUACAAAUUUGCACCGGCCCUUCUAAUUUCUCUGGGAGGCCCUGCUUGUGCGUACAAGAAACACUGCAAUACCAAAAUAAUUCUCAAUUAUUAAACUGAAUUAACUGAUAUUUCGACAUGUUGUUUUAUUCUUUUUAAAGUUUGUUCAUUCUCUGCAGUUAGGUAUAUCAAUCAUGUUUCGCUCGCUACUCUGUUUUAAAUAAAUGAUUACAAAGCCCAGUCGAAUUGUAAUCAGGACCAAACAUUUCGACACUCCAAUCUAGUGUCUUCAACAGGGGUGAUCUAAAUUUGCAAUCGUGGCUUCUUAAAUACCCAAGGGAUGACGUCACCUGCCAAUGAGAUGCAUAUAUUCCUCUGACAAAUAGGCACCGUCAUUUAUAUUCAAAGCAUGAUUACUCAUAUUUAUAUGCCACGCUUCUAGGCAAAGUCUUUGACCAUAGCGAUUGUUUGUGGUAAUUACGAGUUUUCCCGCGCAAUCUCGUUUUUGGUGUAACAUACAUGUUCGGCUAAAGCUGAUUUUCCCUUGUCUAAAGUUGAAACAGCCUUUUCAUGUUCUUUUAGCCGUGUACCAAACUGGCGUUGAGACUGACCCAAAUACUCUUUCUCGCAGUCACCGCAUGGUAUAGAAUAUACACUAGGAGUUUUCUGAUUUGUUUUAACCGGAUCUUUUGGCUUUGCGAAAAUAUGGCCUAAAACCUUUUUUGACUGUAGGUCAUAUUUUUGCAAAGCCAAAAGAUCCUGUUAAAACAAAUCAGAAAACUCAUAGUGUAUAUUCUAUACCAUGCGGUGACUGCGAGAAAGAGUAUUUGGGUCAGUUUAAACGCCAGUUUGGUACCCGGCAAAAAGAACAUCAAAAGGCUGUUUCAAAUAAAGACAAGGGAAAAUCAACUUGUUACACCAAACACGAGAUUGCGUGUGAAAACUCUAAAGUAAUUACCACAAACAAUCGCUAUGGUCAAAGACUUUGCCUAGAAGCGUGGCAUAUAAAUAUGACUAAUCAUGCUUUGAAUAGGAAUGACGGUGCCUAUUUGCAAAAGAAUAUAUGAUCUCAUUGGCAGGUGACGUCAUCCAUUGGGUAUUUAAGAAGCCACGAUUGCAAUUUUAGAUCACCUCUGAUGAGGAUAUUAGAUUGGAGUGUCGAAACGUUGGGUUCUGAUUAAAAUUCGACAGGGCUUUGUAAUCAUAUAUUUAACCCAAGAGUAGCGAGCGAAACAUGAUUGUUUUAUUUUGUUAAAAUAAUAUACCAAAACAAUUAUUCGCCUCAAGCUCAGUGAUUAUUGGUGAAUAUUUACCACGACUUCGUCUCGGUGAACAUUAUACAAAUAACGAAUGUUUAUGAGAACAAUGGCAAAAAUAUUUUCAUGUUUCCAUUCGACGAAGGCGAUAGGCGUUUGGAAUGGAAAAUUCCAUCUUUCACCGAAUGAAAAUAUUUUUAUUAUGCACGAAUGAAAACAUUCAUUAUUGUAAACAUACGUUGGUGUAGGUGUCUUAAUGUCUUAAUGGAACUUUACUUUCAGAUUACGACGAAUGCAAUCCUGCAGUGUCUGUCCACACGCCUGAUUGUGGUAACAAUGCAACAUGUGUCAACACAAAUACAAGUUAUGACUGUAUCUGUGAUGCAGGAUUUAUUCAAAAUGGUACCGGAUGUAGUAGUAAGUAUGAA